AUGUCCAGGAUUCCCCUUUUGAAGAAGCUUAAUAUCAAAUAUCCCAUCUUCCAAUCGCCAAUGGCUGGUGUAUCGACCCCAGAAAUGGCAGCAGCAGUAAGUGCAGGGGGCGGGUUAGGCGCUCUUCCACUUGCACCAUUGGAUUUCACUCGUGAUGACAGUGUAGCAUUUGAUAAAUUGGAUAAAUUGGUUGCAGCCACAGGCACCAAUAAUGUUAAUUUGAAUUUCUUUUGUCAUGAGAUUGAACAAGCUCCAAGUCCGGUACAAGUGGAGAAUUGGAAGAGAUUGUAUGGUGAAGGAAUCAUUGAUGUAAAGUUUAAAAACGUUAUUGACCUUAUGAAAUUUGCAAAUGGUAAUAUAUCAUUCAAGGAGGUUGAAAAAGAUCAAGCGAAAUUAAAGAAAUUGAUCGAGAAAUUGAAAAUGAUAAAACCAGCUAUAAUUAGUUUCCAUUUUGGUAUUCCUUCAAACAGUACCAUUGAUGAGUUGAAAAAAUUCUCAUUGGUUUUCGGCACUGCUACAUCUUUAAAAGAAGCACGCCAUUUGAGCAGAAAUGGGAUCGAUGGUGUAAUUCUUCAAGGAAUUGAAGCUGGCGGACAUCGAGGUCAAUUCAUUGACACAUAUCAGCCACAUAUAGAUGAAGAUUUAUCAACACAAGCACUUUUCCAUAAAGUGAAACAGGGUUUGAAUAAAGAUGUCAUUUAUUUAGUGCCUGCUGGUGGAAUCACCACCGGCGAUUCAGUCAAGUAUUUUUUGGAUAACGGUGCCGAUGCAGUUCAAAUAGGUACGGCAUUUUUAGCAACUCCAGAAUCAACAUCUUCCAAAUUCUUCAAUAAAACCCUGGGAGGGGAAUCGACUGUAAUGACGGCUUUGAUAUCUGGUAAACCGGCACGAUGCGUAAGGACACCUUUCAUUGAUAAUAUUAUCGGAAAGAAUAGCUUCGCAUUGCUGGAGUUGCCACCUUAUGGGUAUGCUUAUGAUGCGUAUAAGAAGUUAAAGGGUGAACUUAGCACUAGUGGUGGCCAAGAUAUUGGAUUCUACUUAGCCGGACAGAACCAGUUUCAAAUAAGCAAAGAUAAACUGGUACUUGAGGUUAUGCAAGAACUAACUCAUGGACUUAGCUAA